CGUAACAAAGUCAGGCAACAUGCUCUUCGAGAAUGGAUGCUCAUCCAAUAGUACAACAACUAAAUCAAGUAAUCAUAAUAUUAUUGAUUUUAGUAAUUGCGAUGGCGUUGAAUGUUGUACUACUUCCGUCGUCUUCCCUUCGGAUGUUGUGGGCAACAACUUGGAAAUCUCCAUGGAUAAUGAUUCUUCUGGUACUCCUGCAAAUCAUAGCCAAUGCAAAUAUGCAUUCUUGAUAGAUUAUGAUGAAAUGUAUAAAUAUAAAACAUUUCGUGAUCUGGAUUAUGUUCCCGUCCGACUAAGUUGGUCCCUUAACAGUACGUAUUUCGAUGUAUUUAAAACACCUUUUAUACCAAACAAAACUAGCAACUUCGAUUGUCGAACUUCGACGGAGGACUAUGGUAAUUUAUUAAAAUCCUCUUUGGAUCGAAUAAGUGAUUGUUGGUGCAGUACUGGACUUCGAGGGAAUCCCUAUCUGGUGGGUGGGUGUAGUCAAGAUAUUAAUGAAUGCAUUAAGAUUGAAGGGUUAUGUCCUGGAGGCUCCACUUGCGUGAACACUUUCGGGCACUAUCACUGUAGUUAUAAACGCAAGGCUAUCUUUAUAGGUGUGGGGAGUCCUCUUGGAUUAUUAGUUCUACUUUUUUGUACAUGGAGACUAUACAAAUUCAUAAAGAAAAGAAAAGAAAUUAAACGCAAGAAAGCAUUUUUUAAACGAAAUGGCGGCCUUUUGUUGGAACAGCAAAUACACUCGAGUGAAAACAAUGUCGAGCAAACGAAGCUGUUCGAAUCAAAAGAGUUAGAGAAGGCAACUGAUAAUUUCAAUAUAGACAGAGUUCUUGGGCAAGGAGGCCAAGGCACUGUGUACAAAGGAAUGUUGGAAGAUGGAAAGAUUGUUGCUAUAAAGAAAUCUAAAAUAAUUGAUGAAGCCAAACUCUCUGAAUUCAUCAACGAGGUUGUCAUUCUUACACAAAUCAAUCAUAGAAAUGUUGUCAGGCUAUUGGGAUGUUGUCUGGAGACAGAUGUUCCAAUUCUAGUUUAUGAAUUCAUCCCAAACGGAACACUUUCUGAGUAUAUUCAUGACAAAAAUGCAGAGUUUCCUUUCACAUGGAACAUGAGAUUACAAAUUGCCACUGAAGUUGCAGGAGCUCUUUCAUACUUACACUCAGCAGCUUCUUUUCCAAUUUAUCAUCGAGAUAUCAAGUCUACGAACAUACUCCUUGAUGAAAAAUUGAGAGCUAAAGUUGCAGACUUUGGUACAUCAAGAACUAUCUCCUUAGAGCAAACUCACCUGACCACUUUAGUUUAUGGCACAUUUGGCUAUCUAGAUCCAGAAUACUUUCAGUCUAGCCAAUUCACAGAUAAGAGUGAUGUUUAUAGUUUUGGAGUAGUUCUUGUCGAACUCUUGACCGGACAAAAAGCUAUAUCUUCAACAAGGUCAGAGGAGGAAGGAAGAAGUUUGGCAACAUAUUUCAUGAUGACGAUGGAGGAAAAGAGUAAUAGUAGUGUGUUCGACAUUCUUGAUGAUCAAGUUCUCAAAGAUGCGCCAAAAGAAGAGAUCUUAAUUGUUGCUGAUCUUGCAAAGAGAUGCUUGCAUUUGAGUGGAAGGAAUCGACCUACCAUGAAAGAAGUAGCAAAGGAGCUAGAGAGGAGGAUUCAAGGCAUUGAUAAUAAAGAUUCUAAGGGUAGUCAACAACAUAAUUAUGAUUAUGAUGAAGAGCUAGCAUAUGCACCACCUGAAGUUAUAGACUACUCUUGGAAUGCUUCCACAUCGUCAACUUUUGAUAGGAAUGCUACUAGCUCCUCGUUGCAUCAAGAGUUACCAUUGUUGGAAGUGUGAACAAAUAGUAAUAUCCCUUUUGUAGUACUCUUCACUUUAUUUUCUUUUUAUUUCAAAUUUGAGAGAUCAAUUAUACAGUGGAAUACUUUAUUGGUUAAUAUUGUUAAUUUUGGUUCCAUCUCUUUGUAUAAGCAUUCAACGCUUGGUACUUUUACUAUAUUAUGUAAUAUAGUAGUACUCGUGUUUU